AUGUUUAUCAGCAAUCAGUAAAAAAUCAGCAAACGCAACCAGCAGAUGCCCUACAGAAUAUACUGAAUAUCUGAGUAAGUAAAAAAAUAAAAAGAGAUAUAUUUGUAUUUGUUAACAUUUUGUAAAGAUGGGACGAGCUACUAUUAAAUCAGGUACCAUUAAUUUAUUAAAUACUAUUAUAGGAGCCGGAAUCUUAGCCAUGCCCUUUGGAUUAAAGAGUAAUGGAAUAGUAUUUGGAUGUUUUUUAAUUAUAUGGUCAGCUUUAACAUCAUCAUUUGGAUUAUAUUUACAAAAUAAAGUUGCAAAAUAUACUCAACAACAAGGAGCAGUAUCAUAUUUUAGUCUUGCCCAAUUAACUUAUCCACAAUUAUCAAUUGUAUUUGAUUCAGCCAUUUCAAUUAAAUGUUUUGGAGUUGGAGUAAGUUAUCUUGUAGUUAUUGGAGAUUUAAUGCCUAAAAUAAUGGAAAGUAUAAAUAUUCCCCUGGAAUCUUGGUUUAUGGAAAGAAAUUUAUGGAUAACUAUUUUUAUGAUUGUCCUUGUAAUUCCAUUAUCUUAUUUAAAGAAAUUAGAUUCUUUAAAAUAUACUUCAGUAGUGGCAUUAUUUUCAAUUCUUUAUUUAAUUUGUCUUGUAAUUGAACAUUAUAUUGUUAAUGAUAUUCCAAUUGAAAAUAAACAUAUUGAUAUAAUUGGUCCUGUAUCAAUAAAAGAUACUUUAAAAUCUUUUCCCAUAUUUGUAUUUGCUUAUACUUGUCAUCAAAAUAUGUUUGCAAUAAUUAAUGAAUUAAAACCAAGUGAUACUGAUGGUUCUCAAACAAGACAAUCAAAUUUAAUUAUUAGAAAUGCUUUAUCAACAGCAUGUUUUUCUUAUUUAUUAGUAGGAAUUAUUGGUUAUUUAAGUUUUGGAACUACAGUUAAUGGGAAUAUUAUUACAAUGUAUCCAAAGAAUUCAAUUCUGUCAUUAAUUGGUCGACUUUGUAUUGUUGUAAUGGUGGCAUUUUCAUUCCCAUUACAAUGUCAUCCAUGUCGUGGAUCAAUUAAUCAUGUAAUUCAUUUUAUUACUGUAGGAAUUAAUACUUCAAAAGUUAGACAUCCAAAUCAAAGAGAUGGUUAUUCUUCUUUACAAUCAGAUAUUGAAUCAUUAAAUUCAAUAUCAACAGAAUCAGUUCAAGAUGAAUCAUUUAUUUCAACAACUCCAAUGGAAGGAGCUCAAGAUACUGAUGGUCAUGAUCCAAUUAUUGUACCAUUAACUUCAAAAAGAUUCUAUAUAAUUACAACAUUUAUUGUUGUACUUUCUUAUUUAGUUGCAAUUACUGUAAAAUCUUUAGAACAUGUUUUGGCCUUUGUUGGAUCAACUGGUUCAACAUCAAUUUCUUUUAUAUUACCUGGUUUAUUUGGUUAUUUAUUAAUUAAACCACUUAAUGGUGCAACUAAAUUAACUAAAAUUGAAUUAUUUAGUAAAUAUGGUGGAUUGGUCUUAUCUAUAUGGGGGGUUAUAGUAAUGGUUGUAUGUUUAAGUGCUACAUUAUUUUUAGGUGCCACUCAUUAACAAAAACAAUAACAAUAUAGAAAAUUAUAUAUAUAUUAUACUGCUAUAUGUAAACUUAAUAAUGAACUAGUAGAGAAUAAAAUAUUAUUACCUAGACUAUUAUUAACUUCUUUUCUAAUUAAUGUUUCAUCAAUA